UAAGGGCAGACACAUCAGUUGGAGCUCAAUUGUUGAUCAGAUCACAUCUAAGGGAUUUAGGAGCACAGAAGAGCCGAGAUUUGAGGAAAGACACCCCACUGAAUCCUGCCACACUCCUCCUCCUCCUCCUCCAUACCUAGGGUGCAAUAUAUAUCUGACAGAAAGAAAUCAGAACGAAAAAAGAAAAUUAUCGGCUCGAUUUCUUUUCUCUCGCCCUGCCUGACUCCAGUAAAGAGCGGGGGGGAGGAAAAAAGAAAGAGAGAGAGAGAGAGAUCCAGAGAAGCCCGGGUUUGUUCCGCUCCCCUCCCCGGCUCUUCAGCAGGCUCCCUCCUCCCCCUUUUUUUUUUUUUUUUUUUUUUUUUGGUAUAAUUCCUUCCCCCCCCUUCCCCCCUCCUCUUUUUUUUUUUUAUAUCUCUGCCGCUUCUGCUGCUGCCGCCAGUGCUGCUGCCGCCGCCUCUGUGCCCGCGCCCCGGAGAUGUCCUUCCCCCAGCUGGGCUACCCGCAGUAUCUCAGCGCCAGCCAGGCGGUGUACGGGAGCGACCGGCCCGGGGUGCUGGCCGCCGCCGCCGCAGCCGCCGCCGCCGCCGCUGCCGCCUCGGGCCGGCCCGCGGGCGCCGAGCUGGGCAGCGGCUCGGCCGCUGUCACCUCGGUGCUGGGCAUGUACGCCAGCCCCUACAGCGCCCCCAACUACAGCGCCUUCCUGCCCUACACCGCCGACCUCGGCCUCUUCUCCCAAAUGGGCUCCCAGUACGAGCUGAAAGAUAAUCCGGGUGUCCACCCUGCUACCUUUGCUGCCCACACUGCCCCCGCCUAUUAUCCCUACGGACAAUUCCAAUACGGGGACCCGGGGCGGCCCAAGAAUGCCACCCGGGAGAGCACCAGCACCCUCAAGGCCUGGCUCAACGAGCACCGCAAGAACCCCUACCCCACCAAGGGCGAGAAGAUCAUGCUGGCCAUCAUCACCAAGAUGACCCUCACCCAGGUCUCCACCUGGUUCGCCAACGCCCGCCGGCGGCUCAAGAAGGAGAACAAGGUGACCUGGGGCUCCAGGAGUAAGGACCAAGAAGAUGCAAAUCUCUUCGGGAGUGACAAUGAGGGGGACCCUGAGAAGAAUGAAGAUGAUGAGGAAAUUGACCUGGAGAGCAUAGAUAUAGAUAAAAUCGAUGAGAAUGAUGGGGAGCAGAGCAAUGAGGAAGAGGAGGAGAAGCCUGAGCUCCUGAGACAAAGCAGCGAAGAGGAGCACUUGGAAAAGGAGAAGGAUUUGGCACUGUCAGGGUCUGAAGGGCUGAAACCCAAAGACGCGCUGGCCAUGGUGAAGGAGGCCUCUGACAAUAGCACGAGAAUCAUCAGUCCUGGGGGACCGAACAAUUUACAGAUGCCAUCUCACAGCAAACCCAAGAUUUGGUCUUUGGCAGAGACAGCAACGAGUCCUGAUGGUGCCCUGAAAUCUUCUCCUCCUCCGCCCCCUCCUCCCCAGGUUAACCACACUUCUCCUCAGAUUCAGCACCCCGCUUUUCUCCCUAGCCAUGGACUCUACACAUGCCAGAUUGGCAAAUUUCACAACUGGACAAAUGGGGCUUUCCUCACUCAGAGUUCCCUUCUAAAUGUGAGGUCCUUUUUGGGAGUAAAUCACCACCAUGCUGCUCAUCACAAUCACCACCUCCAGGCCCAGCAACAAUCUUCUGUUUUAACAGCAACCCUGGGAGCACUAAGCAGCGACAAAGCUUCAGAGAGGACCAGUCCCAAACACAUAGAAAGAGAAAAUGUACCAAGAACUGACUCCCCACCCCAGCCGCUAAAAUCGCCCUUCCAGCCUGUCCGUGACAACUCUUUGGCUCAGCAAGAGGGAACACCGAGAAUUUUAACAGCUCUCCCUUCUGCUUGAUUAAAUGAUUUGGUGAAAAAAUAUUACAGAGACUGGUAUUAAGGACAGAGAGAGUGAAAAAAAAGGAAACGGUAUAAACGACUCCCAUCAAUCUCUUUUUGCAAUAAGGUGGUGCAAAUCCAUAAAAGCAUUACACAAAUCUGUAGAUGGAUCCCCUUCCUCAUUGUACCAUUUCAGAUCGUGUUAUUCUAACCAUUCUUGGAUUAUUUGUUUGGUAAAUGUUUCCCAUGUGUUUGUGGUUUUCUUUUUUCUGUAUAUAGAGUGAUUUCAGAUUGUAAAUAACACGUCAGCAAAACUUGUCUAAAUCAUAUAUUUUUGUCUAAUAAACUAAAUGAAAUUA